AUGACGUGUACUGAGGCAGAAAAAGUGCAGUUCGGUACACAUAUGCUGACUGAGGAAGCUAAUGAUUGGUGGGAUAACACUCGUCAUAGAUUGGAAGUUGCGGGUAAUGAAAUUACAUGGGUUAUGUUCAAAGGAGAGUUUAUGAAGCGAAUAUAUGAUGAGGACAGUAGGGCUCAGUUCGCUCAUUAUAAAAGUUUGAGGGAGAAAAGGGGAAAGCAGCUGAAUCAUGGAAAGUCGUAUAGUGUUCCAGUUGACAAAGGGAAAUAUAUAAUUUUAAAUGGUAGAAGGACAAGUGUGGGAGGGGUUCCUGCUCCUAUUAAGUACUCCGGGUGUAGUGGUGCAAGACAUCACGCCAAUGAAUGUAAAAGUGAUGAAAAUAAAUGUUUCAAAUGUGGGAAGUCGGGACAUCUGAUUGCUGAUUUCAAAACUAAUGCGCCUACUUAUUACAAUUAUGGGGAACCUGGUCACAUCAACACCACUUGUCAAAAACCAAAGAAAGCCCAGGUUGAAGGGAAUGUGUUUGCAUUGACUGGAUCUCAUCCUAACAGUUCUGACAGACUAGUUAUCAACACUCCAGCUAACGAGUCAGUGACUACUUCUUUGGUAUGUCUGAAUUGUCCUUUGUUUAUCUAUGACAAGGACUUUGGUAUUGAUUUAACUUGUUUACCGCUGAAAGAUAUGGAUGUAAUUAUGGGAAUGAAUGAGUUAGAGCUCAACCAUAUUUAUAUCAAUUGUUACAAUAAAACUUUAGAGUUUCUUGCUCCUAAAGAUAAACAAGAAAAUGAUUUUAUAUCUGCUAAAGAAUUGAAGGAAUUGUUAAAAGAUGAAGCUAAAGCAUUUGCAACGUUUGCCUCUCUAUCUAUGGAGAGUCAGACGACUAUUGAAGGGUUACCAGUGGUGUAUGAAUUUCCAGAGGUGUUUCUAGAUGACAUGUCCGAAUUUCUGCCCAAGAGAGAGGUGGAGUUUACUAUUGGAACCAUACAAAAUGUCUGCAUCAGAUUUGGGAGAAUUGAAGAAUCAGUUGGAAGACUUACUUGA